CACGUUCCUAUUUUCUCCCAAUAUGGCCAAGGAAAACGUUUCAUAUAAACGUCGGCAAAUCAUCCGAUGUUGCACCCUCUUCCUCCUCCCGCUGGUUUUACUCAUAUUUCGGUGGCAAACCGUUGGUGUUGUUACGGCACUCCUUCUUUCGUGCGUAGCUGCAGUGGUGACUCUCUUUGCACCCUCGAGCAGAAUAUCGCGGAUACCUUUUAUAUGGCGGCUACUGGUUUUUUAUGCAGUACAGUUGCAGAUCAGCCGCGGCAUGGUAUGGAUCCAUGAUAACACAACAUUGUUGGAUGCACUAUUGGAAAAUUCGUCCGCGCACGUGGAGGCUGCAGGUGGUAGUAGUGAAUUCGCAGUCGACGACGACGUGGGGUUGGGAGGCGGCUUUUUAUAUCAGCCGAAAAUCAGCGUUGUUUUACCGUGCGCGAACGAAGGAGAAUUUAUGGUUAAAACGGUGAAGUCGGUGAACGAGGCGACGCCUGAUAAUAUACUGCAAGAAGUUGUUGUGGUUGAUGAUGGAAGCACACCUCCAUUGAAGACGCUGCUGACUGAAGAGGAGCAGAAAGAGUUGAAAGUGAAAUGGGUUCGACAUUCAUCGUUUACGGGACUUAUCAACGCCAAGAGCAAAGGUGCUGGUGUAGCAACAGGCGACAUCAUCAUUUUCUUGGAUUGCCAUGUGAAGCCGGCUAAAGACUGGUUUAGCCCAAUUGUGAAGCAAAUACGGACAAAUUAUAAACGUGUGGUGGUACCUUCUAUUACUAAUUUGGAUCCUGACACGUGGGAAGAGCAUCGCACCAGCGGCGGGAUGGCGAAGUGUUAUCUUACCUGGGAUGCAGAUUUUAAAUGGUUUAGUGAUGAGGAUAAGUACGUACCCAUAAUGUCGGGUGGGCUGUUGGCGAUGUCUCGCAAGUGGUGGAAGGAGACCGGCGGUUAUGAUACUCGAAUGAUCGGCUGGGGCGGAGAGAACAUUGAUCAAAGUCUGAGGAUAUGGCUGUGUGGUGGCGAAAUUGUUAACGCGCAAGAUUCGUAUGUUGCCCACAUGUGGAGGGUGUCGAGUAACCCGAAAACUCGGCCCCGCUAUACCGUGCCGGGCGGAGCUGUUGUGACGAAUCGGUACCGAGCGGCUUCAGCUUGGUUCGAUGAGUGGUUGGAGAAGUUGGAGACUUUUCCCGCGUUUUCGGGCUUCAAAACGGGCGAAAUGACGAGACCUGAUAUUAGUAAUAUUUUGGAAAUAAAGAAAGGAUUGAAAUGCAGACCAUUUGCUUGGUUUCUGUACAGGUUUCGAGCACUCUAUUUCGAUGCGGGUUUGGUACCGCGACAGGUUUUCCAUUUAAAAGAUGAUAUUUCUGGCAUGUGUUUGGAAACCCGAGGCCAGAAUGAUGUCGUUUUAUCGCGCUGUUCGGAGAGCUCUAAAGGGCAAUUGUGGCAUCAAGGAAAUCGUGAUGGGAAGAAAUGUUGUUCGGGAUUUCGGAAUUGGAAUUCCGAUCAGUGCUUGUCUGGCAACGAAAUGGGGACAGGUCUCGGCACGAACGUCUGCAGCACGUACGGCGAGUUUCACGAUCAAUGGAUUAAAUUGCAAAACAACCAACUGAAAUUGUAUUCAUCCGAUCCUCGAUCACAUCGUGAGGGUUGCAUUGGAAUGCAACGCGACCGAGGAGCUCAUGUUUCGCUGGAAAACUGCGGGGCUGCAGGUUUCCGGCAGAAUUUCAGAGUUGACACACACCAUGGAGGGAUAGUUGAAGUUCAAUCGGGCGAGUGCCUGACGGCUUUGGGAGAUAAUUUCGAGUUACUCCCAUGCGAAAUCGAUCCCAAGUCGGGCAAGGUGUUUGGUGAACAGAAGAUAACUCUGGCUAAAAUGAGUAGUGGAAGAUUCCAGUUGAAGGCAGAGGAGAUUGGUGAAGUCCCUCUCUGUGCUGACAGUUCCUCGGGGACGAAAUUGGUGGUGUAUACUUGCUAUAACCCAAAGAUGAGGAAUUAUAACCAGGAGUGGACGUUCUCUGAUACGGUAUCGGAGUUGGGGUCGAUGAUAAAAUUCGAGGAGUCGAAAUGUAUAUCGGUACAAGUUGGCGCGAGGACUACUCGGAGGGUUCAUUAUAAAACUUGUGCGACUACUGAUGGAGUUCCCAAAUACGGUCAGAAGUUCACGAGGGAGACUAUUGGUUCUGAGGCCGAAUUCUCACUACGGGAUGGCGGAUGGUGUUUGGAUGUUGAUGAGGAUCAUCACGUCGUGAUGGCCGCAUGUGGAUCCUCCUCAUCCCAGAGAUGGCGAUAUGAAGACCAGGGAUUGUCGAGGAUCAUCAAUACGGAGACUUCUUUGUGUCUACAGGCCGAUAGAGAGGGAGAGGUUGCUGUAUCGUCUUGUUCGGCCCAGUUCGAUGCUGAUCAGCGUUGGACGGUUGAGGAUAGUGGCGUGGUGAAGGGAGGAGUUGUGGACGAGUGUCUCGAUUUCAAACCGGCACAGACAGCGAAACUGAGCGUUGUUUCGUGUCCUAGUGCGAAGGCAAUGCUUCGGUGGAGUAUUUCCGAGCCGUUUGAACCUCUCGAGACUCGACUGUAUCGAGAAGCCCAGACGAAGUAUCCGUCGUUGUUGAAGGAAGAUGUGCUCGCCACCGGCGCGCUGCAGGAAGGAGUAGUCGAAGUAUAAAUUGCAUUGAGUGGUGGAGACGAAAGUGUCACUGCGCCACAAAAUUGGUAGAUUAUGCGAUG